AUAAAAUAAUGCAUUAUUCUUUGAUUAAAUAAAUGAAUUAAUAAUUUAAAUAAUUUGGGAUCAUCAAACAUUAACAUUAAUUGUCAACAAACUUGGAAGAGAUGGCACGUGAUUUAUUGAUAAGGAAGUAUUUUAACGAAGGGUUUCCAUAUAAUGAAAUAGUUAAUUUUCUAUGUAAAUAUCACAACAUUUCAAUAUCUCGUCGACAUUUAAUUCGAAUUCUUAAAAAACUUGGACUGAAGCGUAAAUAUAUUGUUGAAGAUUCCUUGGAAAAAAUUGGUUCUGCCGUGAUUGACGAAAUAAACAGUAGUGGUUCCUGUAUUGGCUAUAAAAGAAUGUGGCAACGUUUAAAGCUGAUUUAUGGCUUAAAAGUGAAGAGGAGUACAGUUAAUAAAAUUUUACAUGUAGUUGAUCCAGAUUCUAUCGAAGAGAGGUCUCGUCGACGAUUAUUGAGACGUAAAUACUCUGUUCCUGGACCUAAUUUCCUUUGGCACAUUGAUGGCUACGAUAAAUUGAAACCCUUUGGGUUCGCUAUUCACGGAUGUCUUGAUGGAUUUUCUAGAAAAAUUAUAUGGUUGGAUGUCGCUACAUCAAAUAAUAAACCGGAAAUUGUUGCACAUUAUUUUUUAAAAGCGGUACAAAAAUUAAAGUUACUCCCAACUUUAAUUCGAUCAGAUUGUGGUACAGAAAAUUGUAUUGUUGAAGCUCUUCAGCAAAGUCUACGUUUUCAUCAUGAUGAUAAUUUAGCUGGUUGGAAAAGUUUUAUUAAAGGCAAAAGUACGUCUAAUCAGCGUAUAGAAAGUUAUUGGUCUCAACUUAGACGUCAUGGUUUGGAUUUUUGGAUCAAUUAAUUUAAAGAUUUACGCGAGAGAGGUCUUUAUAAUGAUUCAUCAAUAUUACAUGUUGAAUGUUUACGCUUCUAUUUUGGGCAUUUAAUUAGAGCUGAAUUGAAAAUGAUUCGUCAUGAGUGGAAUCGGCAUCGUAUAAGAAAACAAAAAAGUCGUCAUAUAGCUCCAGAAAAACCAAAUUGUUUGUAUUAUC